CUGGGUACAUAUGUAUGUUUAAUUUAUCGACAUUCAACCACGGAACGCAACGACACAUGGCGUCAAAAAAUGCAGCCCCUUCGAGCCCCCCGAUCGCCCCAGCCAAUGAAUCGGGCGUGCUUCUCUUCAACGUCGUGCUGCCACUGUCUAUCUUUGGGCUUGCGUCGCAAUACACGUCUACCCUCAAUGCCAUGAUUCUGUACACCGUGCCGCCCCUUGGCAAGUGUCUGUACGAACUCGUAGGCAAUUGCCGCAUCGACUACAUUUCCAUGGUCCAGCUGGGCAUCACGGGGGUGGGCAUUGCAGUAAUGCUAGUCACCAACGACCCCCGCGUUGGGCUCCUCAAAGACAUUUUGCCUCCUAUGGUCAUCGCAGUCGUGAUCUUGCUGUCGGCGUUGCUGCAGAAUUCGUUCAAUUUGGUCUGGCUCGUGUACCGGUCGUGGUACGAAGCAACGAAAGGCGACGGCGUCGCGCGCCUCGACCGCGUGUGGCAGACCAACGCCCGAGUACGCAACCAGUUCAAGGGCCUCGCCCUCGUCGUCGGCAGUGUCAUCUUUGCCGAAGACAGCCUCCGCCUCUAUCUAGUGUUCCACGCCCCGCUUUCCACGAUGCUCGUCCUGAACCCCGUCCUCGGCAUCGGCACCGGCAUGUCCUUGACGUUGUGGGUCGUCUACUCUGUCAAGCACACGCCUGAGCUGGCAGACAACGCCGCCGCUGCUGCAGAAACCACGCCGCUGCUUUCGUGAUAUUCUGCAUCUCGACAGGAAGCAAUGUGCUAAUUUCAUUCCCAUCCCUAAGUUGACAUGCAAGGGGUGGUGGGCCUGCCUACACCUAACAAGAAGACUUGUAUCUUCUCGUGUUGGUGAUCUUUCUUCG